CAUUAAUAUUCAUACCCUCUCUCAACAUGGGUAAACCAAUGUUUUGGGUGGUCCUCUUCCUAGCCAUGCUCGCCUCUCCUUGCUCCUGCUCCUCCUCCUUAUGGGGAGGAUGCCCUCCUCACGAAUUAUCUGCCCUCAACCUCUUCAAACAACACCUGCUCGAUCCAUAUGACUCCCUGGCAUCAUGGAAGGGAUUAUACUGCUGCUCUUGGAAGGGAAUCACCUGCCACAGCCUCACUGGCCACGUGACUUGUGUGGAUUUUAGCCCCUUUGGUUAUUUCUCUUUUUCAGCAGUAGUGAGGAAUUCAAGCAGCCAAAUAUUCCCUGCUUUAUUCCAACUGCAGCAUUUGGAGUACCUCGACCUCACUGGGACUGACUUGUCCCCUCUUUCCAUCCCUUCACACCUUCCGAGCCUCAGCACAUUGACGCAUUUGAGCUUGCAUCAUUGUGGGCUUACUGGCCGAAUACCAAGUGAGAUUGGGAACAUGUCUUGCUUGACAUUUCUGGACAUCUCCUACAAUUCUGAGCUGGAGACGAGGCAGUCGAGCUCGUGGAUACGAAAUUUGCGAGGGUUGGAGCACCUUGGACUACCAGAUGUGAAUCUGACAAGAGACGUGGUAGAGAGUGUUGCUUCUCUUCCCAAUCUUACAUCACUUGUCAUGUCUGAGACGUCAGGUACACCUCUCUCUCCUCUUGGAAACCUCACCUCACUCUCCCAUCUUGAGCUUGUUGGUACUUACUUCACUCAGCAGCCAUUUCCCAUCUGGAUUUCUAACCUUACAUCUCUGGUUUCCCUCUGCCUCGGUGAGUACAGUAUCUCCAGUUCCAUGCCUUCUGCUGUUUUAAGCCUUCCACACUUGGGGAACCUUGAGUUGUAUUGGAACCCUGGUCUCAAAGUCAACCUCUCUUCCAUUGUGCAACAUGCUUCCCAGCUCAGUAGCCUUUCAAUUCAAAAUUCAGAUGUGGGAAGAAUGAUUCCAAAUUCUAUUGGAAAUAUGUCCUCAUUAACUGCCUUAUAUCUUCAUGAUAACAAUCUUAAAGGUAGACUUCCAGAUUCUAUGGGGAAUAUGUCCUCAUUGAGUAGGUUACAUCUCUCUAGUAACAAUAUUGAAGGCAGUCUUCCAGAUUCUAUGGGAAAUAUGUUCUCAUUGACCAGCUUAUUUCUCGGUAGCAACAAUAUUGAAGGCAAUCUUCCAAAUUUUAUUGGAAAUCUCUCACAACUUGAAUAUUUGGAUCUUUCCAGAAAUUCACUAAGAGGCAACAUUCCAUGGAGCUCUUUAGGUGGGCUAUCAAAGCUUUCAUGUCUUUUUCUUGGUUCAAACCAAUUAAAUGGAAGCUUGCCAUCUACUUUUGGUAAUCUCUCAUCUUUGGUCUGGCUUGAUGUCUCAAACAAUUCUUUGAGUGGUACAUUCUUACUCUCUCAACUAGAAAAUUUCACGAAGAUUCGGUACUUGAGUCUUUCUGAUAAUUUCUUGAGAGUGAAAGUUGAAGACUUUUGGAUCCCAAAAUUUCAGCUUCAAGCUUUGUAUUUGAGUUCUUGUAAUAUGGAUGGUUAUUUCCCAUCUUUCCUAUCCACUCAAUACAACAUAGUGCAACUCGACUUGUCCAACAAUUCUCUUGGUGGAAAUAUUCCUGAUUGGUUGUGGGGCCUUACAUCAUUCAGCACUCUCAAUCUCUCAUGCAAUCAGUUUGGAGGAAAGCAUUUGUCAUCAAAGUUCAGUAAGGUGAGUGCUCGAUAUGUUGACUUGCAUAGAAAUAAGUUACAAGGGAAUGUUUUAGUUCCUCAUCCUAACGUAGAUAUCUUGGACAUGUCUGAGAAUCAAUUUGAUGGCAUCAUUUCAGAAAACAUUGAUGAAUAUGGCCAGAGUCAGCUCAAUUAUUUGUCACUUGCAAAUAAUAACAUAAGUGGUGUCUUUCCACAUUCUAUUUGUGAAGGAAAUCACUUGCAGGUUCUAGAUGUGUCAAAUAACAAGCUCACAGGUAAUAUUUUUGCAAGUUUUGGGAAUUGCUCAACAACACUAGAAGUAUUAAAUCUAGAAAAUAAUAAAUUGGAAGGUGAGAUUACAAGAAUGGUUUGUCUUCAAGCGUUGAAAUUAGGAGGCAACAAACUACAAGGUACAAUUCCAUCAUCACUUCAAAAUUGUACUUCUUUAGAGAUUCUAGAUUUGGGAUAUAAUAACAUACAGGGAACAAUCCCAAAUUGGAUAGGGAAUUUAAUUGGCCUUCGAAUUUUGGUGUUGAGAUCUAAUAAAUUCAAAGGUGGAAUACCCUUAGAGUUGACAAAAUUAGAAAAUCUUCAAGUCUUGAUUUUGUCAAACAACAAUCUAUCUGGAGCUAUUCCAAGUAGCUUAAGAAACUUGAGAGCAAUGGCAAAUCAAACACAAAGUGCAGAUGUCCUCCUUCAAUACUCAAAUUCAAGCUCAAUGCCUUAUAUAGAUAAAAUUGAAAUAAACAACAAAGGGCUAGUUCUAGAAUAUGUGAAAUCUUUGGCAUUGGUUCGGUGUCUUGAUCUCUCAAACAACAACUUCUCAGGUGAUAUUCCUCAAGAAAUUGGAUUCCUCAUUGGUCUAAGGAUUCUUAAUUUGUCAAUGAAUCAGCUCCAUGGAAAAAUUCCUACUUCUUUUGGGAACCUUGUGCAGUUGGAGUCACUUGAUCUUUCAGAUAACAAUCUUAUUGGAAAUAUCCCUAAUGAACUACAAUCUCUCACAUUUUUGAGUUACUUGAACAUAUCUUGUAAUAAUUUUUCAGGUAGAAUACCACAAGGAGCUCAAUGGUUAACAUUUGAUGAGAGAUCAUUUUCAAACAAUGCAAACCUUUGUGGACUUCAGAUCAACAUAAAUUGUUCACCUUCUCCUCCUUCAAAUAAAAUUUAUGAUGAAGACGUGAGUGAGCAUGAGUGGAAGGAACAUGUGUGGUGGGAGGUGGGAAUUGGAUUGAGCUUUGGAUUUGGGUUUUCAAUUGUUAUUGGAGUAUUAUGUUUCAACAAAAAAUGUAGAAAAAGAUGUUUCAAAGUUAUGGAUGGCAUUAUUGUCAUUCUUGAUCAAUCUAUUCAAAAAUAG